AUGAAGUAUCCAUUGCUUUUCUCAUCACCUCAGUUCUCCACCAAGCUUCGAGUGCUUCGUCUCCAUCAAUCCUCAUUGGAAUCUAAUUUAUCUUCUAUUGCAAACAUGUUGAAUCUUGAAGUGCUCAGCUUUGCUAGUUCUGGUGUUGUUGGUAGUAGUUAUGGCAUUGAUAGGAUGCCUUCAACAUUCAAAAAUCUGAAAAAGCUACGGGUACUGGAUGUGACAGGUUGCAAUGGUCUUCGUAUAGAUAAUGGUGUCUUUAAAAUUUUGGUCAGACUUGAAGAGCUAUAG